AUGCCAGCUACAACUACUGUAGUACCAUUAUUAGCAUUUGGUGCAUUAACAGCAAUGUUAGUAGAACAACUAUCUGCUAUGUGCCAAUCUUUAUCUCAAGGACCCUCUACAGCUCUUAAUUUGACUAUUGCAUUAUUAGUAAUCUCUUUGUCAAAUCAUUCUAAAGCUCUUCCUUUCAUACAUUCUCUUAAAUAUCCUAUAGCUACUUCUCUUUCUGUUGGUAGACCUCUCACAUUAUCUGCUGGAUUUACUUCUUGGUUUUGCAAGUAA